AUGUUGGCAAAAAGCCGGAGCACAAGGAAAGCAUUUUGCUUAACACCACAGACACCACUGAACAUCAACGACAAUCUUCCCCUCUUCAAGUUGAGUCAAACCAAUUUUCUUUUUGAUAAGAACGUCGGCAAAUUCACUUAUAAUUACUCGGAGUAUUUUAACUCAGACAAAAUGUGGUACUUUGAACGGGUCACGGACGAGAAUGGGAAAACUGAAAUAACUGAGAUGCAAUUUCCAAAUUUGCCAGUGAGUGGCGUGAUGGAUGUGUUAUGCUUUCCUUACAAAAAUGUGAAUAAACUCUAUUUGGUACCAUCAGAGAGUAAAACGAUAAUCAUACAAUACGAUUGCUUUGCUGUCAAUAUAGUGUAUAACAACACCACUAAAGUGAGUGACUUGGUCCACUUCUUUUAUCAAAUAUUGAUAAUGAUGGAACUCAUAUCAGACAAGUACACAUCACUUGGGUGGAUGAAUUAUGCACUUGAAUGGGUUGACCAACGAAAGCGAGUCAAGUUACUCCGUGGGAGUAGUUUGAUUUGGGGGAUGUUAAACAAAAAAACAGUCUUAACUCUCCGGAAGAUCAUGAGACAUGGUAUUAUUACCGAAAUUAAUGAAGAGGAUGUGAUAGUUGAAGAAGAGGAAAUCGACUAUGUUGUUUCAAACUGUUUUACAAACGAAGUUGUUUGCAUAGUGAUGAUUCAAAACCAACAAACGUUUGAAAUGAUAGUAGAUAAGACUUGGACAUGCCAGGAACUCAGACAACGCAUUUUUAUAGUCUCCGAUUUGAACGACUCGACAUUGAAAUUAUACCGAAGAAAGGGGUUAUAUAUUCUAGAAGAAAUGAAAGAGGACAACAGUCUAUUUGAGUAUGUAGAAAAUGAAGGAGUGUUGUGUGUCGAUGUGAUGAAAACAUCCAAUGAUGUGUUACUUGUUGCAACACAAAUAUCAUUCAAUUCACUUCCUACAAGAGGUACUAUUCCCGUCGAAGUGUUUUCUUUGAACAACAAUUCGUCGUUUAUCAAAGUUGACAAGAAGGAAGUCUUUAAAGUCUGUUUGACCAAUACAACAACUGUGAGCAACGUUUUGCACUCACUUUGUAUAGGGUGUGAUUACUACGCAUUUGCCCAUAUCGAUGGCAACAUUACUGUCAUAUCAAAUUGUGAAACUGUUUUAUGUGACAGUCGUGUUGAAAAAAUUGGGGUUGUCAGAGCAAAGACAUUUCCUUAUUUAACCUCACGCCUCAAACGCCCCAAAACGUAUAAGGCCAUUUCGUUAAUGAUACCAAAUAUGGAAGUUAUGUUAUAUGUGGAACACAACAUCUUGAUCACAACAUAUCAAACGUUAAUAUGGAAAAAUGGAGCGUUUGUACGAAUACCACACAACGCAGUGUUUUCUUGCAUUUUCUGUUCAUUGGAUGAGUCGACUGAUUUGCUUUAUUUUGCAACUAAAGACAUCAAACAAGUGCUAUUCAAAAUGGGCAAUUCUGUCACCCCACGAGUGUUGCACGUCUACACCGAGAAUAAAUUACUCUUCCCACGGACGACUUCUGAGAUCUUUGCGUUCCGAGGCAUAGACAUUACUCAAAGUGUUGAGAGUCGAAUAGUCGACCCGAUGUUUGAUUUCCAAAGGAUCGGAGUUGUUGGUGACAAACGAUUUGUUAUAGCGGAGAACAUAUUUAAAACGUUUUCAAAUGAUAAAAGUAGUUUAGUAUUUAAGUGUGAGUCAUACCCAGAGAAGGUGUUACUUCCAUUUGGAAAUUAUGAUAUGGGAUCUCUUACGAAUUACCGAGCAAAAGGGCGUUUUCCAAUCAUCAGUUGGGUUGGUCCAAAUAUGCAAUGUCUUGCACGAAGUUCACAGCCUUUAGUUGGGACGUUUGGACAGAAUGUCUGUGAUGAUGAUAUUCAGAUACUUGAGUCGCUUAAAAACUUGUCACCACAGAAAACAAUAAUUGUGUUUGAUGCACGACCAAAACUCAGUGCAAAAGCAACACGAAUACAAGGGGGUGGGAUGGAGACACAACUGUCAUAUCCAUUUUGUACUUUUGUGAAUUUGUCAAUGGAUGGAAUUAAAGAGAUCAAACAAUCGUUUUACUCCCUUUUGAAAGUUUUAUUCUUUGGCGACAAAAGAAGUUACACCUUUGUGUUGGAUAUUAACAACUCAAAGUGGUUACAAGAAAUCGACCAACUCAUUUCUUAUUCAAUUGAUAUUGCAAAGAAAUUGUAUAACGGCAGUUCCAUCUUAAUUCAUUGUCGUAAUGGAUGGGAUAUAACGUGCCAACUUAUAUCUUUAGUCUUGAUUAUGCUUGAUCCAUAUUAUAGAACUAUUGAAGGAUUUUUGGUGUUAAUCCAACGCGAAUGGAUAUCAGCAGGUCAUCGGUUCUCUUUACGGACAGGGUGUGGAGUGACUUGGGCCAUUGAUCCACUUCCUUCUUUAACAUCUGCAUUUCCAAAUUUGAAAAGAGUCAAUCAAUCCAGUUUUAGAGAAGGUCUUGACUCCAUCAAUGACAAAGCAACGUCUCCCAUCUUUUUCCAAUUUUUAGAGGCAGUUCAUUUGGUCCUGGUCAACGGCAAAAACAAUUUCCAAUUCAACGACAAACUGCUUAUCUUUCUUGCUGAUAGUUUGUACGACGCAAAAUUCUCUUGGUUCUUCGAAAACACGGUCCAACAUGCAAGUUUGAAAAACACACUCAGUCUCCCAAGUUACAUCCUUAGCAAUGUCAACGACUUUUUAAAUCCAUCCUUCAUCGCUAUAACCACACCUUAUUUCCCUUCUUUCAUCAUGUCAAACGUCUCAAUUUGGGAAGACUAUUACUUCAGAAACAACGACUUCUACGCCGAGUUAAGUCAGUGCUCCUCUUUGUAA